CCUUGUUAUAAGGAGUUAAACGAACGGCCAUGUCGGCGGAGCGUGGACGGAUCUCCCUCCGGAAUGCCACGGAAAUAAAAGUGAAAAACCUGUUGAACCUGCUCUCGUGUAUCGCUUUGGCUCAGUGUUGCACCGACUUCUUGAGCAGAUGGGAGAAUAUCCAGUGUCCCACGUUGUUUAUACUGGACACCAGAACCGAUUGUCUUUCAAGCAAAAACAUUUCCGUCGCUGUUAACGUCGACUAUCUUUACGUCGAAUGCUACGGAGCGGAUCCGGAUCGUCGGAUCUUCCGGUGUUUUCAACAAACAGAAGUAAUUAAUUUAGGAAUGCGCAAUUGUUUUUCUCGGAAUUUUAAUUUGAAUGAAUUUUUAUCUGGACUCGUCAUACGCAGUUUGCAAAUUGCAUUUACUACAAUCGAACCGAAUUAUCAAACUUUGCACUUUGAAAAGCUGCCAUUUGUUAGAAACGUAUCCCUGUCCGGAAUAAGAACUGGAGGAUCAUUCGACCUGACGUUCGAUUUUCAACCCGUCAUCUACUGGCUACAAAUUUUCAAAUAUAAUUUCACCUCCUUUCACCAGCCGCCAUUUAAAAAUCUGACAAAUCUUCCAAUUCUGGAAAUAGCAUAUGGAAAUCUACAGCGUGUUCAGGUGGAGCUACUCCAAGAUUUGAAAAAUCUCAAAAUACUCAACUUGAACAAUAACAGAUUAAAAGAGAUUCCACGUGGAUUCUUUAAAAAUCUCACAUUAUUAACGUAUUUAGAUUUAUCCGAUAAUCACAUCGAGAACUUCUGGGAAGAUAUCUUUUCGGAUCUCUUUAGUCUAAAAGUGCUUCAGAUCAAAAACAAUAAACUGACGGUUCUUCCGGAAAAUUUGCUGUCUUCCCUCACUCAGUUAAUCGGUCUCGAAAUGAGUGGAAAUACAGGAAUAAAAAACUUACCUAAAGGAUUCUUAAGAGGCUUGACACGCUUAGAACAUCUUCGGGCAUCCAGAUGCUCUUUGGAACGUCUGGAGGAAUCUUUAUUUUCAGACACCACCUUUUUGAUAGAAUGCUUGCUAGAUUUUAAUAACAUUACACGUCUACCGGAAACACUGUUUAAUAACACGGAACAUUUGAGUCGUUUGUCGAUGACUGGAAAUAAAUUAUCGGCUUUGUCACCGCGUGUAUUUUCCAACUUAAUGAGAAUCGGAUCAUUAGACUUAUCGUACAACAGACUGAACAAUUUACAUAAAGAUAUCUUCAAGCACUUAUCAACACUGGCAGUGUUGCGGAUGUCUGAUAACGAUUUGUCCUUCUUGCACGAAGAUACACUUCUACCUCUUUCUGGUUUGAGAGAGAUCGACCUAUCAAAUAACAACUUCGAACGUUUACCCGCAAAAUAUCCUUUUGGUUCCAGCAAUCAUUUAAUAAGUGUAAACAUCAGCAACUCGAAUCUGAAGACUUUUCCUAAUAUUGAUUGGUCGAAUAACAAUCUAACUAAAGUCGAUUUUUCCCACAAUCAAUUUCGGGAAGUCACUCUACCCGUGUUUUCCAAGAAACACACCAAGAUAUUGCUCAACGACAACAACAUCUCCACCAUCUACAUUGACUAUCGACGACAUUCUAACAGUUAUCCAGUGUAUAACGUCACGGGAAACGUCAUCGAGUGCGACUGUCGAAUCAGACAAUUCUUGCGAUUUCUUCAUUUUGACAAAAACGCCGUCCGCAUUUUUCCAGAUUCCAAUAUCCUGCGAUGCAAUGGAUGUUCCGAAAGGAAACUAAUAGAAAUUUGGCCAAUUUACAGUGUCUGUCCGUGGAAAGAGGGAUGUCCUUUGUUUUGCGAUUGUUACCUGACACUAGAAGGACAAAGUACAAUCGAUUGUUCUCGUAGAAGUUUAUCUGAUCCGCCCGCGAGUCUUCCCGUCAAUUCAACAUUUGUCAAUCUGAACAACAACCACAUUGUAAAUUUGUCUGAACUGAAUGGGACUACGUGGGAAAACGUCACCCAUCUGUAUCUUAGUAACAAUUCUCUGACGUCACUAAACGAUUGGGUCGUUCCGGAUAAUCUCCUCUAUUUGGCUCUGGAUGGAAACAAGCUGUCGGAUUUGCCCCCUUCUUUGAUGAAGCGCGUGGAAGCUUCGUCGAACUUCAGCAUCUUUCUUUCCAGAAACAAAUGGAAAUGCGAUUGUCAUUCCGUCCGUUUCAAGAAGUGGUUCACGCGGAAUUUGCUUAAGAUCCGUGAUUCCGAGAACGUAACCUGCCAGAGAGUCAAUAGAGUUAGUAAUUCUGUAACACACGAGCUAAUUGAAAGUAUACCGCUGGAUGUGUUCUGUCUAAAGGAACCCGUGUGGCCUUUAUGGCAAAUAAUCGUUCUUACGGUUUCGGUAGCGUUUGUAUUGACAUCAGUUCUCGUAGUUGUCUGUUACCAUUACAGACUCGCUAUAUUGGCCUUUCUGUACAGUCGAGACGUGUACUUGUCCUGUUGUUACAGGAUCCUCGACGACGAGGAAAAGAAGUACGACGCUUUUGUGUGUUAUCAUAGUUCCGAUUCUGUCUUAGCCAUGGAGAUGGUGGAUCGGCUGGAACCCACUUAUCGUCUUUGUGUUCACGAACGUGAUUGGUUGGCGGGUUGCCCUAUUAGCGAGAACAUCGUGCAUUCUGUGCUUAACAGUAGAAGGACGGUGAUAUUGUUGUCCCGACAGUUCCUGGACAGCAUGUGGUUCAGUGUGGAGUUUCGUGUGGCUUACAACAGGAUGAUGGAAGACCAAGCUUAUCGUUUGGUUUUGGUUUUGGUGGAAGAGUUGGAGAAUUCGAAGGAGCUGGAGGACGAUCUUCGUCGUUUGCUUUCGACGAGAACUUACUUGAAGUGGGGAGAGAAAUGGUUCUGGGAAAAGUUGAAAUAUAUUCUUCCGGACAUUUUGGGACUCGUCGAUAGACUACACACCACACGUAGUUCCUGCAUGGUGCAGAUAAUCUUCUUGGUUCAAUUGGUGUUCCUUUGCACGGCAGUACAGGGGUGGUUCUUCCUUACCGACCGAUUUGGUUUAAUUAGUUCGAAAAUGAAUCGAAGAAUAGAAUGCGGAUCGAACGUUACUUCUUACAUCAACGACUACUACAGAACCAUUUACGUGGUGUGUCGAGGAAACACUUUCGACGCCGAACAGAUUCGUGUGUGUACUAAUUUUACUUACUUUUUCACCGUGAUGUUAAGAGAAUGCCUCCUUCCCUCUUCCGACGUCGGAACUUCCCUGGGAGAUAAAAGUGUUCGGCGUUUCUUUUUGAUUUCCGAAGACGUUCCACCAAAUUCGCAUGUGAUCAUCAAGAACCUACCGAAUCUUUACUACAUCACGUUACACCACAUAGAAAACGUCACGUACACUUUACUGGAGUUACGCAACGUAGAAAGGAUCGAUGUGUUAGGCAUGACGACGAAAAAAUUUCCGAACGGAUUCUUCAGCGGGCUCUCCUCGUUAAAAAUGAUUUGCGUAGUCUUAGGAAGAAUAAGAAGUUUUCCAGAAGAUGCAUUUCGUGGUUUGAAUAGACUCAAAUCUUUAUACCUCUUCAACAAUCGUUUAGAAAAUCUUCCGGAGACCCUUUUCUAUGGAUUGCAAUCUCUGGAGGAAUUAGGUCUGCAUAGAAAUUUGCUGACGUUUCUUCCUCCCGCCAUAUUUAGAGGGUUGACAAACCUUAAUACGCUUACUUUAAACGACAAUCGCUUAAAUACUCUACCCCCUUCCUUGUUUGCAGAUAAUUUUAAUUUGCUUUAUCUGAACGCGAGCAACAACAGUUUCCGUUCUCUACCGGAAAUACUAUUGCAAAAUGUCUCAAAAUUAGAGCAAUUUGAUGCCUGCAACUGCGACAUCAGUGAAUUGCCAUCGAAGAUUUUUUCCUCUUGUUAUCACUUAAUCGAAGUUCGAAUAUGCGAAAAUAGAAUCGAUCGUUUACACCUUGAUCUGUUUGUAAAUAACACGUAUAUCCAACAAAUAUAUUUACAUAAGAACCGAUUGCACGAAUUACCGUCCACCGUGUUCAGUAGAAACAAACGGCUGGCGAUACUGGAUUUAAGCAACAAUCUUAUGACCAAAAUUCCUUUCGAAGUGUUUGACGACAUUCAAAAUAUUCAAGCAUUGUCUUUAACGGGAAACAGAAUAACGAAGGUAGAAGAGGGAAAGUUUGAAAUUUUGAAGAAUCUGAAAGUACUGUAUCUGGAUGAAAAUCCUCUGGGCUCUUUACCAGAAUCGACACCGUUCGGAAGACUGCCGCGUUUGACAUUCUUGGGGCUUUCCAACACCUCCUUAACACAGUUUCCUCGAAUGGACUGGACAGCGUAUAACAUCUCGCUGCUCAGACUGAAUAGCAAUCGCCUGUCGAUUCUUCGCACCGAAGACCUCCCUCCGGAUAAUCGCUCUGUAAUUUUAUUGAUGAACAAUAAUAUCACAACAGUCGCGGGAAAAAUCUCCAGGAAUAUGAAUAACGUCACUCUCUUUGGAAACCCCUUCCGGUGUGACUGCGCUUUGAGGAAUUUCGUCGAAGAAGUUCAGUUUUUGGAAAACGGUCGAUCGCUGCUCUGCGAUUCUCCUUCUGACUUACGAAACAAGACUUUCCAGGAAUUGAUUCCUUCCUACGUGGUGUGUCCCGUUGUAGAACAUUGCCCACCGAAGUGCCGCUGUUACUUAUAUAAAGGCUUUUCGGUCAUAGUAAAUUGUUCUUUCUCCAAUAUUUCCCACGCUCCUGCAAUACUUCCCGAAAACACCACAAUCGUUCACCUGGAACACAACUCUCUUUCCGCAAUAAAAAUUACAGACAGUUGGUCUGGAGUGGAUGAACUGUACUUGGACCACAAUCGUUUAAAUCCCUCCGAGCAUUGGAGGUUUCCUUCUUCGUUGAAAUUUCUCACUCUUCGAUACAAUAGUCUACAAGAUUUUCCUGCAAAAUUUUUGCAAUACGUAAGUGAUUCUUCUUACAUUCGAGUGGACAUUAGAAACAACGCAUUUUGGUGCAAUUGUUCUUUCAAACCCUUCAAACUGUGGUUGAAUCGCAACGUUCAUAAGAUAGUGGAAGCCGAAGAACCGCUGUGCAAUGUCUGGGAAGAAGCUGAAGGUUGUCCUUCCUGUCUCUUCCUCUUCCCAGUUGCGCUGCCAUAUGUUGAUCAUAGUGUUCCAGAUGAGUUUCUUGGUUGCCACCAUCAGAAUGUCUUCGAAGGCAACGUCAGUAGUACUCGAGGAGACUUCUCUAGCAAGGCGAUCAGCCUCCUCGUUACCAGUGUCACCAGAAUGGGCCCGUGUCCAGAUGAAAUUUAUGUGGCUGGUGCUACCAUGGACCAGACCAGCGCCCACCCCAGUCUUAGAUUUAGACCAUGUAGUCAAUAUUAUAUGGAAGGGAACCCUCUGUCUGGGAACCCAUUGAGACCUCUGGUAGAUGAGCAGGGUGAUGCAGUGAUGGUGCAGAUAAUCUUCUUGGUUCAAUUGGUGUUCCUUUGCACGGCAGUACAGGGGUGGUUCUUCCUUACCGACCGAUUUGGUUUAAUUAGUUCGAAAAUGAAUCGAAGAAUAGAAUGCGGAUCGAACGUUACUUCUUACAUCAACGACUACUACAGAACCAUUUACGUGGUGUGUCGAGGAAACACUUUCGACGCCGAACAGAUUCGUGUGUGUACUAAUUUUACUUACUUUUUCACCGUGAUGUUAAGAGAAUGCCUCCUUCCCUCUUCCGACGUCGGAACUUCCCUGGGAGAUAAAAGUGUUCGGCGUUUCUUUUUGAUUUCCGAAGACGUUCCACCAAAUUCGCAUGUGAUCAUCAAGAACCUACCGAAUCUUUACUACAUCACGUUACACCACAUAGAAAACGUCACGUACACUUUACUGGAGUUACGCAACGUAGAAAGGAUCGAUGUGUUAGGCAUGACGACGAAAAAAUUUCCGAACGGAUUCUUCAGCGGGCUCUCCUCGUUAAAAAUGAUUUGCGUAGUCUUAGGAAGAAUAAGAAGUUUUCCAGAAGAUGCAUUUCGUGGUUUGAAUAGACUCAAAUCUUUAUACCUCUUCAACAAUCGUUUAGAAAAUCUUCCGGAGACCCUUUUCUAUGGAUUGCAAUCUCUGGAGGAAUUAGGUCUGCAUAGAAAUUUGCUGACGUUUCUUCCUCCCGCCAUAUUUAGAGGGUUGACAAACCUUAAUACGCUUACUUUAAACGACAAUCGCUUAAAUACUCUACCCCCUUCCUUGUUUGCAGAUAAUUUUAAUUUGCUUUAUCUGAACGCGAGCAACAACAGUUUCCGUUCUCUACCGGAAAUACUAUUGCAAAAUGUCUCAAAAUUAGAGCAAUUUGAUGCCUGCAACUGCGACAUCAGUGAAUUGCCAUCGAAGAUUUUUUCCUCUUGUUAUCACUUAAUCGAAGUUCGAAUAUGCGAAAAUAGAAUCGAUCGUUUACACCUUGAUCUGUUUGUAAAUAACACGUAUAUCCAACAAAUAUAUUUACAUAAGAACCGAUUGCACGAAUUACCGUCCACCGUGUUCAGUAGAAACAAACGGCUGGCGAUACUGGAUUUAAGCAACAAUCUUCUGACCAAAAUUCCUUUCGAAGUGUUUGACGACAUUCAAAAUAUUCAAGCAUUGUCUUUAACGGGAAACAGAAUAACGAAGGUAGAAGAGGGAAAGUUUGAAAUUUUGAAGAAUCUGAAAGUACUGUAUCUGGAUGAAAAUCCUCUGGGCUCUUUACCAGAAUCGACACCGUUCGGAAGACUGCCGCGUUUGACAUUCUUGGGGCUUUCCAACACCUCCUUAACACAGUUUCCUCGAAUGGACUGGACAGCGUAUAACAUCUCGCUGCUCAGACUGAAUAGCAAUCGCCUGUCGAUUCUUCGCACCGAAGACCUCCCUCCGGAUAAUCGCUCUGUAAUUUUAUUGAUGAACAAUAAUAUCACAACAGUCGCGGGAAAAAUCUCCAGGAAUAUGAAUAACGUCACUCUCUUUGGAAACCCCUUCCGGUGUGACUGCGCUUUGAGGAAUUUCGUCGAAGAAGUUCAGUUUUUGGAAAACGGUCGAUCGCUGCUCUGCGAUUCUCCUUCUGACUUACGAAACAAGACUUUCCAGGAAUUGAUUCCUUCCUACGUGGUGUGUCCCGUUGUAGAACAUUGCCCACCGAAGUGCCGCUGUUACUUAUAUAAAGGCUUUUCGGUCAUAGUAAAUUGUUCUUUCUCCAAUAUUUCCCACGCUCCUGCAAUACUUCCCGAAAACACCACAAUCGUUCACCUGGAACACAACUCUCUUUCCGCAAUAAAAAUUACAGACAGUUGGUCUGGAGUGGAUGAACUGUACUUGGACCACAAUCGUUUAAAUCCCUCCGAGCAUUGGAGGUUUCCUUCUUCGUUGAAAUUUCUCACUCUUCGAUACAAUAGUCUACAAGAUUUUCCUGCAAAAUUUUUGCAAUACGUAAGUGAUUCUUCUUACAUUCGAGUGGACAUUAGAAACAACGCAUUUUGGUGCAAUUGUUCUUUCAAACCCUUCAAACUGUGGUUGAAUCGCAACGUUCAUAAGAUAGUGGAAGCCGAAGAAUGGACCAGACCAGCACCCACCCCAGUCUUAGAUUUAGAACCGUGUAGACAAUAUUAUAUGGAAGGGAACCCUCUAUCUGGGAACCCAUUGAGACCUCAGGUAGAUGAGCAGGAUGAUGCAGUGGCGAGUAGGUAUGAUGAGGUGAGUCAGCCUCCAGAGGAUCCUAUUGGCCUGAGCCUUAAGACUCAUAGGUGGUAUCCCAGUCAGGACUUGGAGAGCUGCCGUGGGAGCCGUUUUGUAUGCCCCCGAUAUCCGAAGAAGGCAUACACGUUGCACUUUGUUAAGAGCCCUCCUGAUGUGGACCUUUGA